AUGAGGAUAUGGUGGAGCUUGUGUGGGAAACUCAAAGACGCUGGAGAUGGCGGUGGUGGUCGAAGCGGAUCUAGAGAUGGUGGUGGUGGCGGCGACCGGUGUGUGGUUGCCAGAGAUGGUGAUCGAAAAAAAGAGGGGAAGAUAGUGGCCGACGGUGGGUUUCUACUUCUGAGUGAGAAGGGCGGAGGUUUACUAGUGGUGGCAAAAGGAGGGAGGUCAUUCACUAUGAACACAGAAAUACAAGUAGCAGACAAAUCUAUUGAAACACAUAUGGUUAACGACAUUGAUGCAAAUAGUUAUCUAGAAUCAACUUUAGAAUGCGAGAAAAUAAAUGAUAUCAAUGUAAAUCUGGGUCAUGAUGGAGAUGAAAGUAUCAUUGGAAAGGUUUUCAGUACACCUCAUGAUGCAUAUACGUUUUAUAAUCAAUAUGCUUUUUUACAUGGAUUUGGUAUACGAAUUCAUUGGGCCUUUAAAAACAAGACGACAAAUGAGCCAUACCGUAAAAUGUAUGUUUGCAAUAAACAAGGCUUUAAAAGAUUGAAGGCUAAUAGUUCUGGGGUUGCAAAGAAACAACGUAGAAAUUUGAGGACCGGAUGCCAAGCAAUGCUUCGAAUUUCAAAAGGAAAAGAUGGGAUAUGGUUUGCGGACAUGUUUAACGAUACCCACAAUCAUGAGUUAAGUGUUACACCUACAAAAGUAAUGAAGCAUCGUUCUCAUGGGAAGCUUCAUCGUUCAUUGGCAUGUAAAUCUCUUAUGUUGGAACUUGGUCAAUCAGGAUUAAAGCCUUCCCAAAUAAAAAAGGCUGUUAAUGCAAUGAAAACUCCACAGGAUCUUGAUGUUACUUCAAAACAAUGUGUGGAUAUAUUAUCUGAGCAACGAAGACAAUACAAAGGUAAAGAGUUUUACGGGCUUAUCAAACAUUUCCAAGAUAAAGCAUUAGUAGAUGAUAACCAGUAUUUUGUUGUGGAUUUAUUUGAGGACGGGUCUCCUCGAAAUAUUUUUUGGGCCGAUGGAAGAUCAAGGGAUGCCUAUACUAAAUUCGGAGAUGUUGUUGUCUUUGAUGUUACAUACAUGACAAACAAAUUUAAGAUGCCAUUUUCUCCAUUUGUUGGGGUGAACCAUCAUGGUCAAACCAUACUGUUUGGUGGUGCAUUACUAGAAAAUGAAAAGGAAGAAACUUUUUGUUGGUUAUUUGAGCAUUUUUUAAAGUGCAUGUUCAACAAGCACCCAUCUGCAAUGAUAACCGAUCAAGAUAAAGCAAUCGGUAAUGCAAUAAAAAAAGUGUUUCCAAACACUCGACAUCGCUACUGUGCAUGGCAUAUUAAGAAGCAUGAGCUUGAACAUCUCCGACUGCUUGUAGCCCAUUAUAGUGAUUUUAAGGAGUCUUAUAGACGGUGGGUAAAAAGUGAUACAGUUGAAGAAUUUGAAACAGAGUGGGAAGUUAUGCGUGGUAAGUAUAACCUUGAAAAUUGUUGUUGGAUCAUCGAUAUGUAUAACCAACGAAAACAUUGGGUUAAAGCCUACUUAAAGGAUGUUUUUUUUGCUGGCAUGACAACCAGUGGACGAAGCGAGAGCAUUCAUUCCUUUUUUGAUGGAUUUGUAAAUUCCAAGACAAUGUUGAAUGAGUUUGUAGUUCAAUAUGAUAAAGCAGUUGAAUCUCGAAGAGCCGUUGAAGAAGAUGAAGACUUUAAGACUAUGAACUCGAAGCCAAUUCUAUCUUCUGUUCAUCCAAUAGAAGCAAAAGCAGGUGAAUGUUAUACCAAAAAGAUUUUUGACAUUUUUAAAAAAGAAUGGAUAGAAGCUACACAAAAUUUAACUCAUGAAACAUUAAGCAAAUGUACAGAAGAAAUCAAAUAUAGAGUUGGCCAAGUGGAUAUUGAUAAAGCGCAUUGGAGAUUUGUUAGUUAUCGUUUCACGAAUCAAGUGGAUGUCAGAUGUUCGUGUGCUAAGUUUGAAACAUAUGGCAUAUUAUGCAAACAUAGUCUAUACAUGAUCAAGAAGAGAAAUGUUCAAACCCUUCCUGACCAUUAUAUUUUACCUAGGUGGACACUUGAUGCAAGGUUUAGCUUGGGUAGUCAUAGCGUCGGAAUGCAUGAGAUCAAUACCGAAAAGGAAGUUAGUGCCUUAACCCUAUGGUAUGUCCAUGCAAACUGUAACAAAGCAAUCGAACAUGCAAAAGACUCCCCUUCAAAGAUAAAAAAGUUCAACAAUUUAGUGAUAAAGUUUUUAGAAGAUGAAAUUAUUCAGAAAAAGCCAAAUGGACCUCAAAACGUACCUCAAGAUUCUUGUGUAGGAAUUUCCCAGUUAGACAUGAUGCCUCAUAUAUCUAUUCGAGAUCCAGUUUUUCUUACUAACACGAAAGGGCGUCCUAAAAAUGCAAACAGGAUUAAGUCUUCUUUGGAGCUGGCAAAGAAAAAGAGAACUUGUUCUCAUUGCAAGGGUCUGGGUCAUUAUGCUACUGGUUGUUCAAGCAGAAAGGCAGAGGAGGCUUUACAAGAGAAACAAUGA